CAAGAGACAUCAUAAUGAUAUAUGAAGAAGACGCUGAGGAAUGGGCUCUGUACUUGACGGAAGUUUUUUUACAUGUUGUGGAAAGGGAAGCAGUCCUGUUAUAUCGCUUGGAGAAUUACUCUUUUUGGGAUUUGGAAUUGCUGAGCUUAAACUCUUACAAAUGUAAACUUUUGAUAUUAUCAAAUGGUCUGCUUAAAGACCUAACUCCAAGGAAAUGUCAGUUUCUGGAAAAGGUACUUCAUUCACCAGAAAGUGUGGUUACUCUGCUGUGUGGGGUGACGAGUUCAGAUGAGCUCUACAAAUUACUAAAUAUCGCUGGAGGCAAAUGGGAGAUGUCUACUGAGCAGGAGCCCCAAGAUUACAUCGCUGUAAUCGAGAAUAUCAUAUUCAGAGAUUCUGAAGACUACCUUGAGGUCAAUAUUCCAACAGACCUAGGAGUGGAACAUUCUGGGGAAAUAAGUAAGAGAAAGGAAAUUGAAGAAUUAUCAAAAGCUUCAAGAGACACCAUACCCCUGGCAAUGGUGCUUCCUACUGAAAUUCCAUGUGAGAAUCCUGGUGAAAUAUUUAUUAUUUUGAGAGAUGAAGUCAUUGGUGAUACUGUGGAGGUUGAAUUUACAUCGAAUAGUAAAUGUGUUAGGACACAGCCAACCUGUUGGAAUAAGACAGUCUGGCGGAUGAAAGCUUUAGAUUUUCCUGCUGGCUCUGUCAAUGUCUGCGUCUACUGCGAUGGAGUCAUUAAGGCCACAACAGAGAUGAAAUACUCUACAACAGCAAAGCCUAUGGAAAACCUACUGGGAGUGGCACGUCCAGGAGAUGGUGUGUGCCAGAAAGACAUUGAUGAACUUGAUGAUAUUCUUACAUCCAUAUUCAAACGUGAGAUACCAUAUUAUGAGUUUCGAUCAUUCCAACCUGAAAUCGAUCCUCAAAAAGAACAUACUCAUUUCAAAGAACUCCCAACUCUUCUCCACUGUGCAGCAAAAUUUGGUUUAAAGAACUUGGCUAUUCAUUUACUUCAAUGUUCAGGAGCAACCUGGGCAUCUAAGAUGAAAAAUUUCGAGGGUUCAGAUCCAACACAUAUUGCUGAAAGGCAUGGUCACAAAGAACUCAAGAAAAUCUUUGAAGACUUUUCAAUCCCAGAAGUUAGCAGAAAUGAUGAGCAAGAAAAUGACUAUGAAGAUGAUAGUAGCUCACUACUUACAUAUUCUCCCACCACACAGAACCCAGCAUUUCAUCGCGCAAGCGGGCGGACAUCAUACAGGCGGCGUGCGGAAGGAGCUGAGGCCGAUGAACUGGCGAAGGAAGAAAAAGAGAAUGCAGGGGGCACAGAGGCCGAGCAGAGCCUAGCAGAGGUUGGCGGUGGGAAUUCUGUGAACGAGUAUGAUAAUGACUUGUAUGUGUUCAUUCCUGGAGACAAUCCAGAACAUAAUUCACCAGAGCCACUCAUGAGCUGCAGACCCCCUCUCCCCCCGCCACGACCUGUGGCUGCUGCCUCCCAACUGGAAGCACCGCCCUGCACAUUACAGGGAAAAAUGGUGGAAGGCCAGGCGGAAAGAAGUCAAAAUUGGCGUGGUCUCGGAGCAAGACAAGAAACAGGAGGUAACCCCAAAGAAGAAGAAAAGAAAGAAGAUGAAAAGGAGCAGGGGAAGGAGGAAGACCCGUACACGUUUGUUGAGACUGAAGACAGUGACUAUGACGUGAUACUGGCCAAUAUGAGUACAAAGAAAAAAUUGGGGAGUCGGUCUUUUAUUAUAAACAGACCUCCAGCCCCUACACCUCGACCCACAAAUAUCCCUCCAAAAGAGGAAACCACACCUUACAUAGCUCAAGUGUUUCAACAAAAGACAGCCGGAAGACAAUCUGAUGGUGACAAGUUCCAUGGUCCUAAGAGACAAGACAGAGCUCGGAGGGAAAGUCAAGCCUUUUCCACUGUGGACUGUCUUGCUGCUGGGCAGGAAGAACUCAUCCUCUUGCAGGAGAAGGUCAAAAAUGGGAAACUAUCUGUGGAUGAAGCCCUAGAGAAAUUUAAACAUUGGCAGAUGGGAAAGACUGAGCUGGAGAUGAUUCAGCAGGAAAAACUACGCCAACUACGAGAUUGCAUUAUUGGGAAAAGGCCAGAAGAAGAAAAUGUGUCUGAUAAACUCACCAUUGUGCACCAUCCAAAUGGUAAUGAAAGUGCCCGCAAUGAAAAUAUGUUGUAUAACAUACCCUUCCGCAAUAAGCUUCCUACUCGACUCCAAGUUGAAAAGGAAUUUGGUUUCUGAUGCAGGAAAGAUUACUAA